AUGUUACCUGUGAAAGAGGGAAUUCAGAAACAGGUUAAGAUUCUGAUUGGAUUAGGGAAUUUAGGGUUUGGGGGUUACAGGGGGUUCCACUCCAGAUUAACAAACCCUAACGGGUUUCUCGAACCCGCGAGCUCCGAUUUGCUCUUGAUUAACGAAAGGAGGAACCUUUCCGUCGUCGGUGCCGUUUCUCGGACUUUCUCCGUUCCUUCAGUAUCAGGUCCGGCGUUUCAGGUCUGUGGAUACCACAUUGAUCUUCUGAUUUCGGGUCCGGUCAAGCCUCCGUGUAAAUCAAUGGCGGCUUUUGGCUCCGGCUCCGGUUCCAAAUCCUUGUUUGUGGAUCGCCAUUUCGAUCCUCUGGUUUCGAAUCGUAUGGUGUUUGGAGAUGGAAGGAUCAGUAUGAGACUCGGAGGGAGAGAUCAACGGGAAAAUUCCACCAUCUACGCGUAUUUUGCUUACCGAGGUGCGAAGAAAUGGAUCUCAAUGAAUCCACAAAGUAGUAAAGGAUUGGGAUUUAGAGGCUUGCAUAGCUCACUCUUUACUCGCUUCUCUGAUGUGAACGUCUCGUUGGAUAACUCUGUCACCGAGGAACAACAGGUUAGAGAUUCUUCGGAUUCUGUAGCGGCGGCUAAGCUAUGUAUCAAGCCGUUGAAGCUUGUCUCUGGGUCUUGCUAUCUACCGCAUCCUGAUAAAGAAGCGACAGGAGGAGAAGAUGCUCACUUCAUCUGUGCGGAGGAGCAAGCGUUAGGUGUUGCAGACGGUGUGGGAGGUUGGGCAGAGCUAGGUAUCGACGCAGGUUACUACUCACGCGAGCUUAUGUCUAACUCGGUGAACGCAAUCCAAGACGAGCCUAAAGGGUCGAUUGAUCCAGCUAGAGUGUUGGAGAAAGCUCACACUAGCACAAAGUCUAAAGGGUCUUCAACGGCUUGCAUCAUAGCGUUAACGGACCAGGGGCUCCAGUCGAUCAAUCUUGGGGACAGCGGGUUCAUGGUGGUCCGUGAAGGGCAUACCGUUUUCCGAUCUCCGGUUCAGCAGCAUGACUUCAACUUCACGUACCAGCUUGAGUGUGGGAGUAACGGAGAUUUGCCGAGCUCAGGUCAGGUUUUCACUGUCGCUGUUGCUCCUGGUGAUGUGAUAAUAGCUGGAACGGAUGGGUUGUUCGACAAUUUGUAUAAUAACGAGAUCACAGCUAUAGUGGUUCAUGCUGUGAGAGGUGGGAUUGAUCCUCAGGUGACGGCGCAGAAGAUUGCUGCGUUGGCGAGGCAAAGAGCACAGGACAAGAACAGACAGACUCCAUUCUCUACAGCAGCGCAAGAUGCUGGGUUUAGGUACUAUGGAGGUAAGCUUGAUGACAUUACAGUUGUUGUCUCUUAUGUGGCUGCUUCGAAGGAAGAAGGAAAACGUUGA